ACGAGCAACAUAUUUCUAACCUACAGCCUACAGUUAUUUCCCAUGCAUUAACUGGCAUUAACAGCGUGUUUUUGGUGAAACAUUUCUACAACACAUUUAUGCACAUUUUGGUGUAAGCUUCGUUGGAUAAGAUCAUUUUGUGUUGAGGUACAUCCUUGUUUGAGACAUCAUUUCAAUAGCAAUACAAGCAGUUUACACCAGCAACUGGUGUAGGACGGACCUAAAUUAACCGUUGUACCAAAUAAAAAGUAAACAGAAUGCCACAGAACGAAUAUAUUGAGAGGCACAGGAAGCUCCAUGGUAGGAGGCUUGAUUAUGAGGAGAGGAAGAGAAAACGCGAUGCCCGCGAGUCGAGGAUUCGGUCGAAGAAGGCUCGCACACUUCGCGGUAUCAAGGCUAAGAUCUACAAUAAGGAGCGCCGCAAUGAGAAGAUUCAAAUGAAAAAGAAGAUCAAGGCUCAUGAGGAGAAGAAAACCAAGAAACAGACAGAGAAAACUCCAGAAGGGGCUUUACCUGUUUACCUGUUGGAUCGUAAUGUGGAGAAUAGAGCAAAGGUUCUCUCAAAUAUGAUUAAGCAGAAACGUAAGGAAAAGGCAGGAAAAUGGGAUGUGCCUAUACCUAAAGUGAGAGCACAGGGAGACAGUGAAGUCUUCAAGGUGCUGAAGUCUGGAAAGACAAGGAGGAAAGCUUGGAAGAGGAUGGUCACUAAAGUAACAUUUGUUGGGGAGGACUUCACCAGGAAGCCACCCAAGUUUGAAAGAUUCAUUAGACCAAUGGGUUUACGUUUCAAGAAGGCCCACGUGACGCAUCCAGAAUUGAAGGCAACCUUCUGUUUGCCAAUUAUUGGUGUUAAAAAGAACCCCAGCUCUCCAAUGUUUACAUCUUUGGGUGUUAUCACAAAGGGUACUGUGCUUGAAGUCAACAUCUCUGAGUUGGGUCUGGUUACUCAGGCUGGUAAAGUGGUUUGGGGAAAAUUUGCUCAAGUUACGAAUAACCCAGAAAACGACGGUUGCAUCAACGCAGUACUCUUAGUGUAAUAGUAAUAGUUUUAUUUGCUAU